AUGGUGUGGUUACUAUACCACAGUGUACCAGCAUGGUGUGGUUACUUAGCCGCCGACGCCGCCAGCCGCCAGUCGCCAGUCGCCAGUCGCCAGCUGCCAGCCGCCAGCCGUAAGUCGCCAGUCGCCAGUCACCAGCCGCCUGUCACCAGCCGCAAGCCGCCAGCCGCCAGCCGCCAGUCGCCAGUCACCAGCCGCCAGCCGCUAGCCGCCAGUCGCCAGUCGCCAGCCGCCAGUCGCCAGUCGCCAGUCACCAGCCGUCAGUCGCCAGUCACCAGCCGCCAGUCACCAGCCGCCAGUCGCCAGUCGUCAGCCGCCCAGCCGCCAGUCGCCAGUCGCCAGCCGCCAGUCGCCAGUCGCCAGUCGCCAGUCGCAUGUCGCCAGUCGCCAGUCGCCAGCCGCCAGUCGCCAGUCACCAGCCGCCAGUCGCCAGUCGCCAGUCGCCAGUCACCAGCCGCCAGUCACCAGCCGCCAGUCGCCAGCCGCCCAGCCGCCAGUCGCCAGUCGCCAGCCGCCAGUCACCUGCCGUCAGUCACCAGUCGCCAGCCGCCAGCCGCCAGUCUCCAGCCGCCAGUCACCAGCCGCCAGUCGCCAGCCGCCCAGCCGCAUGUCGCCAGUCGCCAGUCGCCAGCCGCCAGUCACCAGCCGCCAGCCUCCAGUCUCCAGCCGCCAGUCGCCAGCCGCCAGUCGCCAGCCGCCAGUCGCCAGCCGCCAAUCACCAGCCGCCAGUCACCAGCCGCCAGUCGCCAGUCACCAGCUUCGCCAGCCGCCAGUCACCAGCCGCCAGUAGCCAGCCGCCAGUCACCAGCCGCCAGUCGCCAGUCACCAGCCGUCAGUCGCCAGUCGCCAGUCGCCAGCCGCCAGUCUCCAGCCGCCAGCCGCCAGUCACCAGCCGCCAGUCACCAGCCGCCAGUCACCAGCCGCCAGUCACCAGCCGCCAGUCACCAGCCGCCAGUCGCCAUUCGCCAGCCGCCAGCUGCCAGUCGCCAGCCGUCAGCUGCCAGUCGCCAGCCGCCAGCCGCCAGUCGCCAGCCGCCAGCCGCCAGUCGCCAGCCGCCAGCUGCCAGUCGCCAGCCGCCAGCUGCCAGUCACCAGCCGCCAGUCGCCAGUCGCCAGCUGCCAGUCGCCAGACGCCAGUCGCCAGCCGCCAGCUGCCAGUCGCCAGCCGCCAGCUGCCAGUCGCCAGCCGCCAGUCGCCAGCCGUCAGCUGCCAGUCGCCAGUCACCAGCCGCCAGUCACCAGCCGCCAGUCACCAGCCGUCAGUCGCCAGCCGCCAGCCGCCAGUCGCCAGCCGCCAGUCAUCAGCCGCCAGUCACCAGCCGUCAGUCUCCAGCCGCCAGUCGCCAGCUGCCAGUCGCCAGCCGCCAGUCGCCAGCCGCCAGUCGCCAGUCGCCAGCCGCCAGCUACCAGUCGCCAGCCGCCAGUCGCCAGCCGCCAGCCGCCAGUCGCCAGCCGCCAGUCGCCAGUCGCCAGCCGCCAGCCGCCAGCCGCCAGUCGCCAGUCGCCAGCCGCCAGCUGCCAGUCGCCAGCCGCCAGCAGCCAGUCGCCAGCCGCCAGCUGCCAGUCGCCAGCCGCCAGCCGCCAGUCGCCAGCAGCCAGUCGCCAGCCGCCAGGCGCCAGUCGCCAGCCGCCAGUCGCCAGCUGCCAGUUGCCAGCCGCCAGCUGCAAGUCGCCAGCUGCCAGUCGCCAGCUGCCAGUCGCCAGCCGCCAGUCGCCAGCUGCCAGUCGCCAGCCGCCAGUCGCCAGCUGCUAGCUGCCAGUCGCCAGCCACCAGUCGCCAGUCGCCAGUCGCCAGCUGCCAGCUGCCAGUCGCCAGCCACCAGCCGCCAGUCGCCAGCCGCCAGCUGCCAGUCGCCAGCCGCCAGCCGCCAGCUGCCAGUCGCCAGCCGCCAGCCGCCAGUCGCCAGCCGCCAGCUGCCAGUCGCCAGCCACCAGCCGCCAGUCGCCAGCCGCCAGCUGCCAGUCGCCAGCCGCCAGCUGCCAGUCGCCAGCCACCAGCUGCCAGUCGCCAGCCGCCAGCUGCCAGUCGCCAGCCGCCAGCUGCCAGUCGCCAACCGCUCCGCCUCACUGCACUACGUGACGUCACCCACCCGCCAAACCCUUACCGGCCGUCUCCUUAUCUGCCAGUGUGUGUACACGAGACAACACCUGCCGUGA